GGCCAACGCGCUUUCCGGGAUUUUCUUCGCUCCGAGUACAGCGAGGAGAACAUUUUAUUCUGGUUGGCCUGCGAAGACCUCAAACGAGAGACCUGUCCGGAACUAAUAGAGGAAAAGGUUCGGAUAAUCUACGAGAAUUACAUCUCUAUCCUCUCUCCGAAAGAGGUGAGUUUCAUUUUGGCUCCGGGAAAAAUCAAUAUUGCCCAACUUCCUACGCCAGCGCCGGGUUCCGCAUACAUGCAACCCUUAGGACGCUACCCGAGCUUCGCGUGUAUUUUUUGGUUCGGGACCACUAUCACGAGUUCUUUUUUCCGCAGCAAUUCUCGAUAUCCACACUGGAUAAGAGACUUAAUGCUUUUGCCCGCAAACCUGUCUCUGAGUGGGCUAAGUAG